UAUAUUGCGUCACAUGCCGAAUGCUUGAAAAGAAUAUCGAAGCUUCAGUUUGUUGCUUAGAUUGCAAAGAUUCCAAGCCAUUAUGUAGUCCAUGUGCACAAAGGCACACAGCGAUGAAAACAACAAGAGGUCAUAAUAUAUCAUCGGAUUUGGACCAUCUUCGUUUAAGUCUAAGGCAGAUGGCAAACCCACCAGAAUGGAUGGACGUCGUGAAAAUGGCAUUAGACUCAAGCCUUAUCAUACAGACAACUCAACCGGUAAAACCAACAAAAAUUAACAAACCACCAUAUUCAACAGAAUGCAGAUCAAACAGAAUAUCACUUCAGUGGCUAAUGACUGGGUCAUUGUUGGACCACGAGACGUUUCAAAUAAUUUUUAAAGAAUCCCCCGAGACCCAAAGCGCUAUAUGGAAAACUUACAACACUGAAUCAUGCUUCCAACCACACAUCGAAAUACUCGGGCUUACUCCAAAAACGUCGUAUAUAUUCAAAGUAAGGAUAGUUAACAAAAGAACAGGAGAGGAAUUCCCAUUCACAGACGAAAGUGAACUUAUAAAAACCCAAGAAUCUCCAGCUAAGCAUGUUUUAAAGAAGGCAAGAAAAACGAAAGCAGGUUCACCUGCAGUUUACACACUACCGAUAAAGGAAAACCGUUCUGCAAGGAAUGUGAAAGCGAAAACAAGAAAAUUUUAUUUAGGUACAGAAAGCGUUGGUGUUGCUGAAAAAACGUUAAUGAUUGUGGGCGCUACUGGGUCUGGUAAAAGUACUCUUAUAAAUGCAAUUGCUAACUAUAUCAUUGGUGUGGAAUGGGAAGAUAAUUUUAGAUUCAAUCUAGUUGAUUUAGAACCUGAAGAAGAGAAAAGGUCAAGAAACGAGGCCCAGUCACUCACUCAAUGGGUCACAUGUUAUACAUUGUAUAGCAGUGUUUCUGAUCGAAUCAAUUAUACAGUUAAUUUAAUUGAUACUCCGGGAUUUGGUGACACCAGGGGCUUAGACCAAGAUGCAAAAAUUGUAGAUCAAAUACGCGAGCUUUUUACAGCAAAAGACCAAAAAGGAAUUUCAACACUUGACGCUGUAUGCUUCAUCGUAAAGGCACCAGAUGCAAGACUUACACCAACGCAAACAUAUAUAUUUGAGUCCAUCUUAUGCUUAUUUGGAAAUGAUAUCAAAGAUAACAUAUGUACCCUCAUCACAUUUGCCGAUGGACAAACACCACCAGUUUUAUCAGGUAUAAAAGCUUUGGGUGGAAUACCAUUGCCAUGUGACAUUUAUUUUACUUUCAACAAUUCUGCUUUGUAUGCUGAAAAUUCCGUGGGAGCAAAUAACCAGAUGUCAUCCUUUUUCUGGCAAAUGGGAAUGAAAAGCUACCAAACUUUCUUCAGCCAUGUAACAAACAUGCAAACAAGAAGUUUAUGGUUGACGGCAGAAGUACUCGAAAAGAGGCAAAAGCUUGAGAAUACAAUACAUAAUCUUCACCAGGAAAUUGAUGUUGGCCUUUCCAAAAUAAAUCUGCUGGAAGGAGAGGUAAAGCUGUUUUCAGAACAUUCAAGGGACAUUCUGGCAAACAAAAAUUUUGAGUAUACCGUGGAGGAGGAUUAUCAAGAAAAAAUAGACUUGCAAGGUACCGGACAACAUACAACCAAUUGUCUAACUUGCAAUUUCACCUGUCAUGAAUACUGCAGAAUUCCAAACGAUGAUAAAAAGGCAGGAUGUAUAGCAAUGAAUAGCGAAGGGUCGUGCAUGGAAUGUCCAAAGGGAUGCCAUUGGUCAGAACAUCAUAACACACCUUUUGUCAUCAAAUGGUUUAAAAGGAAAGUAACAAAGCGUUAUGAAGACAUGAAAAGAAAGUACGAAGAAGCAACACAGAAAACAUUGACCCAGGAACAAGUUUUAGAUGAAAUGAAUCAAGACAUCACAAAACAGGAGCAAGGAAUACAAGUUAUGCUAGUAUUUAUUUCAAAACUAACCAACAGACUGAAGGAAAUUGCUCUACGGCCGGAUCCGUUCAGCACUGUGGAGUAUAUAGAUAUCAUGAUUUCAAGUGAGGAAAUGGAAAAGAAAAGUGGAUUUGAAGGCCGAAUAAAUGCACUGAAAAAGUGCAGACAACGUGCACAAUAUGGGGAUUCCGUACAAAUAUUUAGAGACAGAAUUCAAAACACAAGGCAGUCGAUUGCAGCGAGCGAUAUCGCAGAAGAAUUGUUAGAAAGCGAUACGUCGAUUAUAGGAAGAAUCAAGCGUUUUUUUAGGCAGCAGUAAAUGGCUGGUAGAUACAAUAUAGUUAAAAUACAUUCCUGUUAAUAUAUUUCUAUUCGAUUUCAGUACUUGUAUACAUGUUUUACGUAUCUGUA